CCUCUCUCGCCUCACCCCUCUCUAGAUGCCAGGGGCUUCUAGUCAUGGAGCAGACGACAGUCACAGACCAACCCAGGAUGUCAGUCACCAAAGCCUCAGCAUCAGCGUUUCAAGCGGGGGAAGUAAGGGGCUUCACCGCAGGAAAUAAAGACGACUUGGGGUCAAAAAGUGUCCCUACAGUGACAGAUACCGUACUCACACAGCCCGGCCUCGGCAUCACCACGACAACCAUCACCACCAUCACACAGACGGGGGGAGACUGGAGCACUGGCCUGUUUGACAUCUGCAGAGACAAGACUACAUGUGUCCUUGGGGCUAUGGUGCCGUGCUGUUUGGACCUGAGUUUAGCUCACCAAUAUGGUGAGUGUCUGUGCAUGCCUCUGCUGCCAGGAUCCACUUUUGCCAUGCGUGUUGGGAUCAGGGAGCGAUACAAGAUUCGGGGAAGUGUGUGUGAGGACUGGACCACAGUGUGUUGCUGUUACCCUCUAGCUGUAUGUCAGAUGAUAAGAGAGAUGAAGCUGAGGAUGAAGACACAGACCUAUCAUGUCUCCACUGCCCUUGAAUGCUCCUGAAAAAAACUCAAAACAGUCAAUGAGGCCUGGCCUUUUACAAUGAGACUUUUGAGGGUCCAACUGAGAUUACCAGUGUACUGUAUGUAUAGCACAAAGAAUCAUUACCAUAAGGUUUUAAAUGCCCCUGGGGAUGAUAAUGAAUCAAGCCCCUACAACAUUUGAAGAAGACUGGACAGACCUUUUUUUAAACAGCAAAAGAAUCUAAAAGUCUGAUUCAGUAUGAGCUUAAAUCUGCCUCUGUGGUGCUUGGAUUGCUCAGUUGGUAGGGCGGGCAGGCAUAUAUAGGGGUGUACUCCUCGAUGCAGCGGGACCGGUGUUUGACUCUGACCUAUGGCCCAUUGCUGCAUGUCAUUCCCCCUCUCUCUCACCUUUCAUUUCUUCAGCUUUUGCCUAAAGGCCUAAGCAUUCCCAAAAAAUAUUCUUAAAAAAAACAACUGCCUCUGAGGUUUUAAGAUUGUAACUGAAACCUAACCUUUAAAUUGAUGUUGGACUUCUAUUUAGAGAAGGAUUUUAUGGAUAAACUUGGUACCGAUAUUCUGCUUUUCUUGCAGAGUCGAGAACUCAUCAGCUACAUUUUGAGUUGGGAGAAAAGCAGGUGGCAAGACACGCUUUUUUGGUUUCAGUAGCUGUCACUGUCGGCACUAAACAUCUGGUACAACUCUGUCAGAAACUUUCAAAAAACCAGCCAACUUUCUUUAAUUUUAAAUUUUGUUAACAUGCACACAAUUCAUUAUCAUAACCCUAUAAAGACAGUACUCCAACUUUUGAAAACUGAAGUUUUUUUGGCAAUUUUGUUCAAGAUACAGCCAUAAUUAUAGUUAUUAAACCCAGUUGAACAUGUAGUGUAAAACCUUUCAACUAGUUUAAAGCAAAAAAUCAAACUUUGAUGUAUUUUUAUGAAAACCUCUGCAGCCACAAUGUUAUUGAGGUAAACGUUUGUUAAUGCUUCUCAAAAACAAUGAAAAUUGUGAUUUCAAAAACUCAGGAGUAAAUUAUAAUUCUGAAAACAAUGUGCUGUGGAUAUUCAAUGUAGCUCACUGAUAAAAAGUGAAUUGGGUGAACCAACCCUUUAAUUUAGUUUUGUAUUCCAAAGGUCACUAGACAACAUGUUCAGUGUCUCUCAGACAUGAAGGGAAUGAGGAAACUUAAAACUUUCUAGACCUUGAGGCACAAAUUUAUGAAAUGGUGACAUAACUCAACAUUCGGCACAAUAUCUACAAAUCAGACUAAUACAUCUAAUUUUCAGUGUCACAUUUUAAACUAAAUCCAUAUAAAGCCAGAGAAGCACAGAAAAGCCUUGUCAUUUGGUUUCUUAAGUAAACCUGGAUGGUUUUAUUUAAUUCAGCGUGUGACACUCUAUUUAGUAUGCAGAACCGCUUGUCUGAUUACCCAGCAAACAGGCUGCAGCAUAGCUCCAAUUACAGUCAGUCAGUUCAAGUACAGUUUGAUGAUAAUAAAGCCCAUUUCCAUAUUUCUGAUAU